GGCCGAUAAGUAUGGUAAAGGCCUUGGCCUCGUCAAUUCUGGUAAUCCCAACCUGUUCCACGCAAUAGGAGUGGAUCAGGUAGAGAUCGCAAUGAGGGCUCUUAAGCAACCUGCCGAUGAGAACCCCGAUAACGAACACAGCCAACAUUUUGACUACGACGUCGCUAAAUUCAUGCUCCAACUUACUUCGAUCCUUUACGAACGCGAAAAUGAUUCCAUUCGGAAAGCGGUUCAUGUCCUCGCUAAUACUCGGCCUUUGUCUUACGCCCCUAUUAUCGGAGGAGCGGCCCAAAACAUUGUCAGCAACUCGUUCCAGGAGAGGCUUAUUCCGGGUGAUCUGGUUCGUUCUCGAUUUGGAGCGGAGAAAGCAGAUGAAGUUAGGAAGAUGUUGGACUCUAGAGGCGAUAUGUUGAUUAAAGACUGGUGCAUGAGGUUUGGGAUCGAGUUUGAAGUUGUUUCAGAGUUGAAUGAUACUGCGUCUACCUUCGCCGGGCUAUUCUGGGAUCCUAGAUCGAACUGGAUUAUGGUGGCUUGUAAAGGAGCCACUCCGGCUGAAUUCGGGGAGUGGCUGUCGACUUUCGAUCCCGUUCUCGUAGAGAGCGGUGACCAUAGCACUGGCUUUAAAUUUCACAAGGGCUCCAGAGAGCGAGUAUUCCCCUCUGAGCCCUGCGAUUUGGGACAUAUCACUCCGUAUGAUUCCAUCUCACUCGGUGUCAAGACGUUAGCCAAGCAUCUCAGAAGAACAAAUGGUUUGCCUCAAGGGGCCAAGAUCAACGUUUGGUUUACUGGACACUCCUUCGGAUGUGCUACUGCUUCGCUCGUCUAUUCAAAGUUUCUGACAAGUCCAGAAGACAUGGGCAAGAACGCGGAAUUAAGGGACGUUUACCUGUUUGGUGCCCCUGCCAUUUCCGAUACCAAAUAUGUCCAAGUCUUCAACCAGAAGAUGCUUGAAGACCCAAAAUGUCAGAGGGCCAUGUGGCGGAUCACAUCGAAUGGUGAUGCCGUCGCAGUGUGCUUCCCAAAAGCACGCGAUUGGCCCCUACAUUUCUCAUACAGCAAUGUUGCUUUCGUACAUCUUGGAACUGAAGUCAAGCUGCGUGACUACCCACUUAAGUGCGUUAUCGUGGAGAAUCGUACCGUGUGUGUUUCCUCCCAUUUUACGACGGAACAAAUCGCCGCUCAGCGCUCAGACCGUUACACCCAACAAGGAGAGGAAAGACGCGAGCUCGUUGGGAUGUUGCUACAAAGGAUCCCCAUCUUUGGGCGUUUGUUCGCUCCCUGCGCGAUGUAUUAUUGGGAUCAACUCAACCGCGUGUCACUAGGACAGUGCGAACAGAUCGUCGGCUAAUUACAGGAUUGUGAAGGCAUACAUGUUUCCGUUCUCUUAUCAGAAGUUCUCUACGAAGCGAUCAAGGACAGAUUAAC